UUUGGCUCAAGAGUUCAGACAUCUCAUUUUGGAGUUCUCAGGGUCCUGCCACAGGUGGCCCAAAACAUGGCAAGCUUUGGUGUCCUCUCCAGUCUCUCGAGCACCGUAGAAGUCCAGUUUGACCUUCACAACUGCCCAAAAACGGCAGGGGAAGCGACUUGCUCUUCGCGAGGUUUGGUGAUGUGGCUCGGUUGGAUAUCUCCCAGGCGCUGGCAACUGGGUUGGUUUUUGUGACCUUCUAUGAUGUGCGCGCGGCACAGCAAGUCUUGCAGCACUACGCACCUGCUGCACAAUGCAGAGAUGCAGGGAUGCACCACUUUCGCGAAGUCUGCCUGCCGGUCGCCACCUUUGUGAAACUUCCGAGCCAUGUGCAAUACCUUCACACGUUUGGAGCAGUUGCGGGAUUGUCAAACUGUGGUGACGAAAUGGUCGUCGAGUUCUAUGAUAUGUGCGCGGCCCAUAGGACCGCCAAUUCUAUCCCCGGGUGUCGGCCUAUGAUGCAUACCCCAGCUUCUUCAUCAUCUCCCCUGUGUCCUGCCGAGGUGCUACAAAGCGCAGGAAUGCCCACAGUCGCGCAAGAGGCAAGCGAAUUUAAAGCUCUUGAAGGACCUGCAUAAUUCCAAGAAUUCUGGGAUUGGAGAGCAUUUGCGUGCCCGGCACACCGGCCGGAUAAUUAAAGUAUGUUCGUUUCACAUGAACUCACUGCCGGGGUCAGAGCACUGUCCAUUCGGCUAAGCCGCCACGAUGCAUGGACUUCGAAUUGUGAA